AUGUUCCGGAGACGCGCGCUGCGGCGGCGGCUGGCGGCGGGCGGAGCUCCCUCCGUGCCUGACGACCAGCUCCGCAAGCUCGCGCGGGCCCUCGACGCCGGGCCCGCGGCGGAGCCCUGCGUGCCCGGGAACUCCGCCCUCGCCCUGGCCGUCAUCAGGACCUUCCGGCACCCAGACGUGCGGGAUCUCGCCGAGCUCCGCCGUCUGCCGCACUGCUCCCUACACCAGUGCUGCAACCCCUACCACUACAGCCGCCUAUGCGAGCCCGAAACCCCUCCGCCUCCUUACAGUCGGAUCGCAAUGGACGACGUUAAACCUAAAGAACACGGAGAGAACACACAAGACGCGAGGAGGACGGACCACGAGCGGCUAACCACCGGCUCGCUGGCCACCGAUGGAGAAGAGCGUCAAAAUUGGGAGACGGAAUGGUGUAGGCUGGCGUACUGGGAGCUGACCCAGAGAGUCGGGAGGCAGUUCAGCGUGAGAGUCCGCGCGGUCGACGUGUUCGGAGGAACGUGCGCCGGUAGGCAUGGCUUGUGCUUGGAUGCGCUCGACAGCAAGGAGCCACAGGUUGAACAGGUUCGAAAAACUCGAGCGAAAAUAGGCCUUGGGGUAACGUUAUCCCUCGAAGCCGACGGCGUAUGGCUUUAUAAUAGAAGUCAGGAACCGGUCUUUGUCAGUUCCCCAGCAUUGGAUGCGGCGGCGGCUAAAGCAUUACUCGUAUGGCGAGUGGCACCGGGGCAUUGUUUGUGUAUCUUCGACCCCUCAACCCCUCCACCUGCCAUCACACUACCCCAUGUGGGUCCAGUCGACCCCCGAUCAGUGAGGAUAUCCUUCGCCAAGGGUUGGGGCCCGAAGUACUCGAGGCGUGACGUCACAGCUUGUCCAUGCUGGCUGGAGGUCCUUCUGGCUCCUCCGAGC